AUGAGAAUUCGUGGUCAAAUGUGUGCNNNNGGAUCAUUGCGGCCAAUUCGAACAACGCGAAGGAUGUCUUAUGAAAAGGGAGUUGCUCCUGUCAAGUUCUCUCGCGCUGGGAGGAGGCGUUGCGAUACUGCGGCUCUAUUUAGUCGUGUGUUGAAGAAAGCUGUCAAGAAGGGCUUCGUAGUCCUCGUAUCUUCCUCUAACUCGGACAAAGUCGACAGUGCGUGCGAGAUUGAGCAACCUUGUUCCCAGGCCAAUGGUAUAACAGGAGUUCUCUGCGUUACCUCAACCUACGUGGAUGACCCGAUGACGUUGGUCAGUGGGGCUUCCAAAUUGGCAACUCUUGCCGUACCAUCCUCCGACGUCUGGUUCCCAACACCGGAGCGUGAGGGAAGCGAGUGGCUAUAUUCAAAGAGUACGGGCUCAUCGGUCGCCACGGCUAUUGUUGCCGGGAUAGCAGCUCUGGUGACGAGUUUGGGGCACUUCGAUCCAGCAGACGUCGAGAGGAUAUUAUUGAACUCCACAAAGGGAAGAGCGAAAACGGAUAAAGACGAGAUGCUGUACGGAGUCCUCGAUCCCUACCUCGCUAUUCAACAGGCAAUUAAGGAAGCUACUUUAUCAACCUCGGAGGAGUCACGGAUGACUCGGAGGCAGAAAGAAUCAUCCUGCACGAUCUCAUGCAUAUUGAGAGUCUUCGUCUCCAUGAGCAUCUGUAGGCUGUAA